GUCUUUGUUGAUUACCAGAGUAUGUGUGUUGAUGAGAGAAGUUACCAAUUCAGUGAAUCCUGGAAAAACUUUAAACAAGGGUCCGAUCCUAAUAAGCAUCAGAGUUUUCAGUUUGUAGAGAACCAGCGUGCACAUGGGAAACUCUUUCAUGAAUGCUCAAAUCUUACACAUCGGAAUAGUUAUAUUGUAAAGAAGUCAAACAAACAUAGUGAAUAUGAUAAGUCUUUGAACCAAACUGUAUAUCUUACGGAACAUGAGAAUAUUCAUCCUCGGGAGAAACCUUACAAAUGUGUUACGUGUGGGAGAUUCUUUAGUCGAUUAUCUAGUCUCAACGGACAUAGGAAAAUCCAUACUAGAGUGAAGGCUUACAAAUAUAGAGAAUGUGACAAAACCUUUCUUUGGCAUUCAAAUCGUACCAGAUAUGAGAAAAUGCCUACUGGAGGAAAGCCUUACAAAUGUAGACACUGCGGUAGAUCCUUCAAUUUGCAUUCAUCUUUUAUUAAACAUGAGUUAGUCCAUACUGGAGAGAAGCCUUACAAAUGUAGAGAAUGUGGUAAAGCCUAUACCUACAACUCAGGUCUUGCUGUACAUAUGAGAACUCAUACUGGAGAGAAGCCUUAUGAAUGUAGAGAAUGUGGUAAAGCUUUCCCUGAAUACUCAAGUCUUGCUGUACAUAUGAGAAUUCAUCCCAGUGAGAAGCCUUUCAAAUGUAGAGAAUGUGGUAAAGCCUUUACUAAGCACUCACAUCUUACUAGACAUGACUUAAUCCAUAGUGGAGAGAAGACUUACAAAUGCAGAGAAUGUGGUAAAGCCUUUACCACCAAAUCAAGUCUUGCUGUACAUAUGAGAAUUCAUACUGGAGAGAAGCCUUACAAAUGUAGAGAAUGUGGUAAAGCCUUUACUAUGCGCUCACAUCUUACU